AUGGAGUCAUCUUCCAAAAUAUAUGGAACAGAAGAAUGUCAGAGCAGUGAAUCUGGGUGGACAAUGUACAUUGGUUCCUCCAUGGAUGAUGAUAUUGAUGAAGGUGGUGGUGGUGGUGGCGUAUAUGACGGUGGCGGUGGUAGGAAGAAGAAGGGUCAUGUGAAGGAUGAAGAUGAAGACACAGAUGAUUCAAUGGCUUCUGAUGCUUCUUCUGGUCCAAGCCAUCUUCACCUGCAACAGCCAUGGGAAGAAGAUGAUCAAGAGAAGUACAAAUCAUGUUCAAGCAAGAAGAACAAGAAAGCCGCAGCUGGAAAGAAGAAGGAAGAAAGCAAGAAGAAAGAAGAGACGAACGAAAAGCAGCGAGGUGCCAUUACUACUGUUCAAAGUGGCAAUAGGGCUUGGUUUUUGGGUAAAAGAAAGUAG